UGUUAGACUACAGAGUAGUACUUUCUUCCUUUCUGGCUCUCUCCUUCCUAGCUCGCUCCCCUCGCGCGCUCGCACCGCGCCAUUUUUAAUCCCAACUUCUCCCACAAACCAGAGGUAUCUUAACCUCCAAUCCACUGCACAUCUCUCUCUCUCUCUCUCUCUCUCUGCUUGCUUAGAACCCACUUGAUCGCUGCUUCGCCUCCCAGCCCUCCUCGGCUUCCCCGUACGUGCGCAGUUCUCGGCACGCUUCCCCAUAUAUACCCCGGCCGCUCUCGGCAGAUAGGCGACGAGCGAACCGUCACGCAUACCGAAGGACUAGGUAGAGCGGCUAUCGAGAUCGUUCAUUCGGCAGGCCGGCCGUGUCGGGCGGAGCCGAACGCGCGGGAGGCGGGAAUGGGACGGCACGCGUCCACCGGCGGCGGAGUCCAGCAGAAGCUGCGCAAGGGGCUGUGGUCUCCCGAGGAAGACGAGAAGCUCUACAAUCACAUCAUCCGUUACGGCGUCGGGUGCUGGAGCACCGUGCCCAAGCUCGCAGGGUUGCAGAGGUGCGGCAAGAGCUGCCGGCUGCGGUGGAUUAACUACCUGCGCCCCGACCUGAAGCGGGGCAGCUUCUCGCAGCAGGAGGAGGACGCGAUCCUUGGCCUGCAUGAGAUCCUGGGGAACAGGUGGUCGCAGAUCGCGUCACAUUUGCCCGGCCGGACGGACAACGAGAUCAAAAACUUCUGGAACAGCUGCCUCAAGAAGAAGCUGCGGCAGCGAGGCAUCGACCCCAGCACCCACAAGCCCAUCUCGGCCUCCCCGGCGGCAAUGGAGCCGGCGCCGCAAGACCAGAAGCCGCUGGCCGCGUCCGACACUGACGGCUUCACCCUGAAGCAGCAGCAGGUGUUCGACCCGUUCCCGCUGACCGACAGCUUCGGUGGCGGCUUCGGCGCGGCUGGUGUAGCAUUGUACGGCGACCUCGGCGGCGGCAAGGACGCGGCCGGAUUCGUGGACUACAGCAGCGUGCUAGACGUGUCCGAGAACCUGGGCUACGGCGAGAGCUCCAGCAACAGCAGCAACUGGAACUGCGCCGUGGGCGCGCCCGAGGUGAACAAUGCGCUCGACGGCGAUGCGCUGCAUUGGGCCUCCGAGAGCAAGCUCGAGCCCUUGGCCGGGUACGGAGCCGACGGGAAGGCGCUCAAGCACAAGUUCGUGCUACCCUGCCACGGGCAGCAAGAACAGAGCAUGCCGCAUUUCGACUUCGAUAUCAGCCGGGGCGCAGUGGUCAGCGAGUUCAACCUCGAUUUCUUCAGAGGUUUUUGUGAAUCUUAGUAUCGUAUAUACUGCUCGAUAUUAAAGGCAUUUUACACAGGGACAAAAACGUACCAAUUGGGAGUAAUUUCCUUUAGUCCUUAGUCCUUACUACAAUGUUUUGUCUUCCUUUGUUUUUAUGUUCCCUGUAUGUGUAAAAUAAAGGCUUACAUAUAUAUAGGAAUGUAAACACAGUGUAGCUGCUAUUAAGGUUUUGUAAGAGUAAGUUUCUUACUUCGUGUACUCAGUUCAGUUUCUACCACUAAAAAAGACUCCGAAUUUCUUUAUGUAUU